UUCUCACAACAAUUAGUUUCUUCUCUAAUUUCUCAAUAGAUGCUCUUAAAUUAUACGAUUUUUUAUUACAAGUCGUAUAAUCAUUGAUCAUGUUAGAUUACUCCAUGGCAUAUCUAUCACCAUCCAAAAAAUUUUGCUGAAAUUUCAGAUAUCAGGAUCAUCCAAAUUCAGACCACCAUAUCAUAAAUUCAAAAUGCACCUCAAGUCAAAGAUGCUGACUUUUUCAGACUGUCUCAAUCUCAUCACUCACUAGCGCGUAACAUUUGAACUUGGCUUCUGUUCUGGUAGUUGAGAUUAUUAAACUCGGACAAAGACUACUGAAACUGUACAAUGGUGAUCGAUUCAUCAUCUUGACUAGACUUCUGUUUAUAACCCAGCAAGCGAUUUCCAUUUAUAGAGGCAGAGGUAGAGGAAAAGUAACGGUUUUGGUCCAUAUCUGCAACCGGGUCUGUUUUGUAUAAUGGCUUUCCACUACUCACUGCUUGAUCUCUUCCUUCUGCUACUGUUCAUGCUGCCGUUUUCAGCCAACUCGCAGAGCUACCGCAAUGUAACCUUGGGCACAACUCUCACCGCCGGAGCAUCGAGCAACGACCGCUGGCUAUCCCCUUCUGGCGAUUUCGCAUUUGGGUUCCAACGCAUCAACAACAGCCGCGGCGAAGGUGACGGCUAUUUGCUCUGCGUAGUGUUCGACAAAAUGCCUGAGAGAACCGUCGUGUGGUCGGCCAACCGAAACGAGUUGGUUCCCAAUAGAUCGACGAUUCAGCUGACCGCCGACGGCCAAGUUGGCUCCGGACGGUUGGUCCUCGCUGACCCAUCAGGCCGGGUUGUCUGGACGCGGAACCCGGGCCCCGGCUCCCCUGCCACCGGCGCGGCGAUGUUGGACACCGGCAAUUUCGUGGUGACAGGGCGAGAUUUGUCAUAUUUGUGGGCGAGCUUCAACGAGCCCACAGAUACUCUGCUGCCGACCCAGUUUCUGACUCGAGGCGCGCAACUGAUUUCCAAGUACUCGAGAUCGAAUUUCUCGGAAGGGAGAUUCAAGUUGGCUCUGCAACCCGAUGGGAAUUUGGUCCAGUACACCACAACUUAUCCUCAAAUGGGUAACAACUUUCCGUAUUGGGCCAGCUCAACAACGACUGCUACAAGGGUGAUUUUCAACCAGACGGGGAUGCUGUAUCUGGCUUCCAGCAAUGGGACGGUUGUUAGUUAUGUGUUUAGGAAUGGAGAAUCCAGCCAAGAGUUUUACCAGAGGGUAACUCUCGAUCAUGAUGGAGUGCUAAGGUACUAUGCCUCUCCAAAUGGCAAUGGAGGUAAUCGUAACUCGAGCGGAAGAGUGGGAACGACGGGAUGGACUACUCUGUUCUUCCAGCCAAGAAAUUUCUGCAUUGUCGUGAUGGGUAAAAUAGGCAGUGGAGCUUGUGGCUACAAUAGCUACUGUGAAAUGGAUGGUAAUCAGAAUCCCAUCUGCAAGUGCCCCAAAGGAUAUGUGUUCAUGGAUCCGCUCGACGAGUACAAAGGAUGCAUCCAGGACUUCGCGCCACAGGACUGCCGAUUAAACGAGAGCGACAAGUUCGAUCUCGUGGCGAUGCCUAACACGGAUUACGUUGAUGCAGAGUACACAGCGUUGGAGUCUUACUCCGAGGCUAUGUGCCGACAGGCUUGUCUGAGUGAUUGUCGUUGUGAUGUUGCAAUCUACGGCAGAGGAUAUUGCUGGAAGAAGAGGAUGCCUCUGUCCAAUGGAAGAGUGGGUGCCAGCAUUGAAGUCAAGGCGCUGAUCAAAGUGAGGGUAUCCAAUUCCACUUUGCCUCUUGGGCAAUGUCCAGCUCCCAAGAGGAAGAAAGACCAUUGGGCUCUGAUCAUCUCUGUGUUGGUGCUCUUGUGUAGUUCAGCAUUGGUUAAUCUUCUCUUGGUAACGGCAAUGUUUAUUCUAAGGAAGAGGAGGAACGAUGAGAGGAGCGGAAGAAUCGAUUCAGAUCGAGAAGCUGAUAGCUUAACUACCAAUCUUCAGAAGUUCUCGUAUGGUCAGUUGGAUUACGCGACAGGAGGGUUCAAGGAAGUACUUGGGAGUGGUGCUUCUGGAACAGUUUACAAAGGGGUUCUCGGCCGUAAUCAGCAGGUGGUGGCCGUGAAGAUGCUGGACAAGAUGGUGAGCAAAACCCAGGAGCAGGAAUUCACAACUGAAGUGAAGGUGAUCGGCGGGACUAACCACAAGAACUUGGUCAAACUCGUGGGGUUCUGCAACGAAGGGCAGCACCGGCUCCUGGUGUAUGAGUACAUGAGCAAUGGGUCGCUGGCUGAUCUGUUGUUCGACCGGGAUCGUUCGAGGCCUGGUUGGAACACGAGGACGGAGAUCGCUUACGCCGUCGCCAAGGGUCUCGUUUACCUUCACGAGGAGUGCAGCACCCACAUCAUUCACUGUGACAUCAAGCCACAGAACAUUCUGCUCGACGAGUUGAUGACGGCUAAGAUCUCUGAUUUCGGGCUGGCGAAGCUGUUGAAGGCGAACCAGACUCGGACCAUGACGGGGAUUCGAGGAACCAGAGGCUACGUGGCUCCGGAGUGGUUCAAGAGCAUGCCGAUCACAUCCAAGGUCGAUGUCCACAGCUUCGGGAUCGUGUUGCUGGAGCUGGUCAGCUGCAGGAAGAACUUGGACAUGGAGGCGUUGAACGAAGAGGAGAUAAUACUCGCGGACUGGGCAGUCGACUGUUUCAGUGACGGUAAAUUGGGGAAGCUGGUGAAAGACGAUGAGGAGGCCAUGGCUGACAUGGAGAGAGUGGAGAGAUUUCUGAAGGUUGCCAUUUGGUGCUUGCAGGAAGAUCCCACGCGGAGGCCAGAAAUGAAGAAGGUCGCUCAGAUGCUGGAAGGAUCCAUUCACGUCCCUAAUCCUCCGGAUCCUGAAUCCUACCUAGGCACCAUUUGAAUCAGCCCGAGCAUAUAGUUUCGGAAUAUUUCGUGUAUUCUGUAUCCCAUCCUAAAAUCUUAGUAGAAUGCUUUUCUUUUUUUAUCGAUUACGAUUGGUUUAAGGUUUGAAAACAAUGUUUAUGUUGUUGGUGAUGAAAUCAUCUCUAGAUAAACCUCUUCUUUGAAGUGUGAAUACGAUGUUGAGAUACCUUCUUCUUGUAAACCACCUUGUUGUUGUUUCAUCUCCCUUCUCUUUUUCCCUCUUGUUUCAAGCUUUGUGGUGUGGCACUGUGUUUGGUCCACUGCUAUUUCCUUGUACAUUCUUCCUCAAAUUUCUUUUUGUAUAUAAUAAAAUUAAAUCCCAUUUUCCUCUUUGGCAGAGAUACUAGAGCCCAAGCUAAUGAAGGUAUUAAUAUUCAAAAGAAAGAAAAAGCGGCUGGCCGGAGCACUAAUCUGACUCUGCCACUAGCAAGAGAUUAAUUAAGAUCUCAUGAGAAGACAAACGUGAGGAAUCUGCUACUUAACCAUCACGCAAUGAAGAACCGCCAGGUGCCCAGUGGAAAUUUAGAGAUCAAUAAAUUUCCUUUUUAGGUACUCAGUGGAUUAGAGUAUGUUGAGGGAUGAUUAUUUGUAACACAUGUCUCUUAAAAAUACUUGGAAUAUUGUGUGUAUAUUUUUUAAAUAGUUCAAAUGACACAUCAACAAUAAAAUGUUUGUAUCUUUUUUUUAUUUAUUUGAGAAGGGUAAGGAUAUAGAUAAUGCAUUUUGGACGAUGUUUGGAUAUAUUUAAUACGCAUCUACCAGAUGACCUAGACAAAGUUUGAGAAAAAAAGUUGUGUAACGUAAAAGAAGAAAGCAACUUGGUAUGUCUCAUUAGUAUAACGAGUUAUUCAUCCAAGUUUUAUCAAUACCAGACUCGUACGGUCAUACACGAUAAUCAAAAAAGUUUUUCUUGGUCAUAGAUAACCCUGCCAAUAACCUAGGUAAGAGCGCGGAGUGACGCAACAAUUACGACAAUCUCGUAGACUUAUCCACGUAAUAGAUAAGUGAAGUCAUAGACAAAAUUAGUAAGAUUAGAAUCACGCAUAUAUUUUAGGUGUCACUAAAUGAGCAACCCGACUCAUGUGUCGACUUGUAAAAUGAACUAGAAGUGAUGGUCAGCCGGGUAAGAUACAAGAUAGUCCCACCGGAGACAUCAUGAAUAGAACCAGUCCCCAACUUAUCCGACCCUGUUUGAGCAUCAUCAAUAAGAUACUCCACUGCCAAACAAAAUCAGGGUUCUCAA